AUGCCUGUACAGCCUCGUCCUGCCCCUCUUCCUCAAUCACAGCGUUCAAAUCCCGCAAAACAAGACGAUUUUUCUACAAAUCAAAGUCUCCAAAAAGAAAACAAAAUCGCUACUUCUGCGCAAUUUCCUGCGUCUAAAACAUUGUCUGCAAACAAUUCAUCUCUUCCUGCUCCUCUUUCUCAGUCACAGCGUUUAAAUCCAAUGGCAAACCAAAGCGCUUUUCCUACAACUCAGAAUCUCCACAAGGAAACCAAAACCGCUACUUCUGCUUCUGCUUCCGUACCUAAAAAAGCGUUACCUGAAAUCCCAGAAUUUCUGGGAAACCACAAAGGCACUCUCACGACGUACACCUUCUUGUCAUGGUUAAAGGGUCCUAGGAAGAGACCGAGGGAAUACUUGUGCAAAGGUUGUCUGAAAUGUGGGAAAGAGACUAGCAUAAUGGUCCAGCUUGGUCUCCGUAUUGAUAUCGAUAAGCGCUUUCUUUCUGAUCCGUGUCAGCUAAAUCACAUUUGCACUCCUGAUAAAAUCAAAGACUGGAAAGAGGAAGCUGAAAGAGCCCGAAAAAGGGCUGCCCUAUAUGAGUUUGCUGAAAAGGUAAAGAAGAGCUCUGUUGGAAAAAGAGGAAAAAGAAAGAUAGAAGCUGAAGAAACAAUGUUGGAAGAGUCAAAUCUUGAUGAGAGAUCAAAACAGAAAGUACGGACUAUCAUCGAGAAAGAGAGAGAAAGAGAAAGAAAGAAGCGCGAGAGAAGAAAGAAAGAAAAGAAAGAGCUUGAAGAUGAGGUCAGAAGGUGGCGUUUGCAAUUUAGUUUGUUCGAACUUGUGGAUAAUAUCGAAUGCGAAGAAAGAAUGAAGAAGAAGGCCAAAUUUGAAUACGAUGAAAACACAGAAUUGACACCAACGGAGCUGCUCGAUGUGCUCACUGAGCAUGCCCUUGAGGAUUGCAGAUGUACAUAUGUGGAAUAAUGGAUACAGCAUCAGCUGCGAAAAAUAUAUCGAUAUUUAGAGCAUAUUUAUUGCAUGAUUAACAUAUUUAGAGUGCAUGAAUAAAUAUUUAACAAUGUUC